AUGGUUCUAACACAUAGCAAUACUCCUCAAGGAUCCAUCUCUACAUCAGCCUUAGAAUUCACGAAUAACAUCGUACAACUUCCUAACGGAUAUGCAUUCCACGAUUCACCACUAUCAUUAAUAGGACUAGGAUCUUUCGGAGUUGUCUACAAAGGUUUUACUGUUAGUGAUGAUAAAAAAGUGGCAAUCAAGAAGAUGUCAAAAAUACACGUAAAGGAAAAUGAACUUCGGGUAAUUAGGUCCUUGAAUAGCUCAUACUUAGUGGGAGUAAUGGACAUAUGCAUGUUAGAUGAUGUUACUUGUUGGCUUAUCAUGGAGCUAUGCGAUGGCGACUUAGAGUACCACAUGAAGAAUAACUCGAACGAUGGGCGUCUUAAUAGCGUCAACCUUAGACUUAUUAUUGAUAAUGUCGCGCGCGGCUAUAAAGGAUUGUUUGACUUGAAAAUAGUCCACCGCGAUAUUAAGCCACAAAAUAUUCUUAUCAAAUACGUCGGAAAGAGUAAGCAGCUUUUGUCUGCAAAAAUUACGGAUUUCGGCAUCGCGCGAACCUUGGAAAACGAGGAAUCGGACUUAUGCAAUGUAGCUGGCACUUUGUUCUACAUGGCACCAGAAGUGGGAGCAAAUCUCUUGAAAACAUGCCAAUACGACUUCAAGGUAGAUAUGUGGAGCAUAGGAUGCCUACUGUACCAGUGCAUCACCGGAGAGAGUAUCAAGAAACUUUACUAUCACUCGUUACAGAUACCAUUCGAUGAGGGUAGUUUGUGCAAACUGUUUUUGUACACAGCAUGUGCCAACUAUGACGCCUAUGAUCCACCGGCACUACCGGAAACGACAAAUGACGAAAUCUGUGCCAUAGUGCAUUCUUUACUAGAAAUCGACUCUUCCAGGAGAUGUACGCCAGUGCAGUUUUAUGACAAAGCAACGAGUUUCAGCGAGCGGAUUUCCUAG